AUGCCUGCUUGGACAAGCGCCGAAGCAUCCACUGGAAGCAAUACGCCUUUUGCCACAUCGACUUUCAAUCCCAAUACUGCAGAGCAGCUUGCACAGAAGAAAGAAUGUGUAGCUGCAUUACGUGCAGCAUAUCCAGAUGGAAAUACGAUUCCAUCAGAGACAAAAGACCUGAUCGACAAGAUGGACAAGGACAUCGAAAAGAUCGAAAAGGACAACAACAAGUUUGUCACAAAAAACAUCCACUCUGCCACGAAGUCUCUUGGGAAGGCGCAGAAAGCCUUAACCGAGACAUUGGAAGCCAAGAAAGCUCACAGAACCAGGUGGAUCAAACACAUCACCGAGGCUGUGACGACCUGGCAGGAACAACUGAAGGAAUACCAGAAGCAACAGGCAUCCCUUCAGGAAGUCAUCACCAAAGCCAAGGAGGAUAUCGAACUGGCGAGAUCAGCGAUUCAGACGCUCUCAUCCACAGCUUCACAGGCAAUGUUGGCAUCAAUGCCACCCAUCACACCUGUGACUGCCGAGCAGGAAGAUGGAGCCACGGAAGCCGACAAAGAGGAAGAGAAGCUGCAGGGGCAACUUCAGACAGUCCUUCAAGAUUGUGCAGCGGUGUUGAGCAGAGAGUGCACAACACCCACAUUAGAUGGGGAGGAUAUGGCUAUGGACGAUGCAGAGCGAGACAAAAAGGAAUUGCUGCUCCGAGAAGAGCCGGCCUUAUUACUGUCCUACGAAGAGAUGACAGAGAUGCACGAGCGUCAUAUGCUGUCGCAAAUUGAGCAUGGUGCGUACCUCCGAAUCAUUGUUCCACCACCAUUGGACAACACAUGGGACAUUGCACAUGCUCUCCGAAUUUUCCAUGAAGCCUAUGAUCUUUUUGAGCCGACAGCUGCUGGACGCAUUGCCGUGGAUCCUGUCUUUAUUGAUAUUGUGCUGCCGACACCACCUACCUCAGAUCUUGAAGAUCACUUAGCACACAUCAUUUUGACGCAGAGACCAUCGACAGAAUCGUGUGGAUUGAUGGACAUGAAUUAUUGCCUGGGCACCCUUGGCCUGGCCGCUCAGGAAUUGUUCCUUGAAGAUGACACCACGGAACAAGAAGUAGAACAAGAAUUGCACAAACUUGGAGAGAUGUAUCCAACGGAUGACGCACCAGGAAGCAUCACUUUCCUUGGAUGGCAGGCACAGCAGAUCAUGUAUGAGCAUCAAAAUCGGGCAUUCACAGGCACUGACCAGAUUGGAGCCGAGUUUGCUGAGAGAGAAGCCUUAAUCUUUGCUGGACUUUGGCGACUUGCUCUCAAUUCGACUAUUCCAACAAUUUUUAGAACUGAUUCCAGCACGACUGCAGACCAAUCAAUGGGCAGAGCGGGGUUCGCUGCAACACACCCCACCAUCGCCCUUUUGAGAGGAACUUUUCAAGCACUUACAGCUGGCAUGCGAUACUCAGAGCUCGAGGUUUCACAUGUGAAAGGACACGCGGGUGACGUGUGGAACGAACUAGCUGACUUUCUUGCCAAAAGUGAAGCCGCCAAUGGUCAUCGUUUGCAUCGACAAUCGAUCAACCUAUUGGAGCUCCAAUCCAUCAUGCCAUAUCUCUGGAUGUUUCUUGACAGUAAUUCCGGAUUGCCGUCACUGACACGACAUGGUUUUGAUGUGAGCCCACCGAAUCUGCCAGCCGCUGACAAUUCUGAAACAGUUCAGCAAGAUCCUCAAGGUCUAUCCCAAUGUCAAGAUGUGAAUCUCAGUGUUGCGUCUUUGAAUGUGGGUUCGCUAUUCCUCUCGCCUGAUGGUUUCAGUGGAAAAUUGACCUACCUUAGACAGCAGAUGAAUGCACAUGCAAUUCACAUCAUGGGCAUACAAGAGGCCAGAAGCCCUCCUGGAGUAAGUACUGCUGACGACAUUCUCCGGAUUUCGGGUGGGUCUGACAAUAGCAACCUGGGUGUUGAGCUUUGGAUAUCUAUGACACAGCCUCUGCUGCACAAAGAUGGCAAACGCAGUAAAUUGGCUCGUUCGAACGUCCAACUCUUACAUCACGAUCCCAGACGGCUUGUUGCACGGGGUGAGAAGAACACCUGGACGUCACCUGAUGGCAUGCAUGACCAUAGGCCGGGUGACAGCUUUGCUGAUGUCGUCUUUGGUCUGUUGUGGGCCAAACUCCUCCGAAAAUUAGAGUCGCGCAAAUUUCGUAGGGAGUACUACAGUGCACAAGCCGGCUUGUCAGUUGUUUGUGAACGACAGACGGUCAACAUGCAGCAGGAGAAGUAUUGGGACUUUUUGCAUAACGAUCAAGCAGCAGUCAUCCUCCACAAGCCUGCCACAAUUUGUGAAUGGGAAAAGUGGUGUGCGGAUCUUGCGGAUCAACCACCACCUGAAUGGACCCAAUGGACUCCCCAACCGCAGUCACUCACCAGACAGAAAAUCCUUUUGCAUGCCUUUGCAGGAAGGAGACGACGAGGUGACAUUGAAUGGUAUUUGGAUGUGCUCUCACAGCAGCUUGAGGGCUGCGUCAUACUGACUGUAUCCAUUGACAUCGUCAUCGACUCAGUUCAUGGUGAUAUUGCCAAAGAGGAGACAAGAGUGAUGUGGUUACACCACAUUAGACAGGGCCAUGUGGCAGGAUUCAUUGCGGGCCCACCAUGCAAUACAUGGAGUCGUGUGCGAGCUGUGCAACUGGCUGGCAAUAAAGGACCUCGUGUCAUCCGUACACCUGACGCACCUUGGGGUUUGAACGAGUUGCGUUUGGGUGAGCUCCAUCAGGUGACCAUUGGUACAAUUUUGCUGGGUUUUGCAUUUGAAUGUAUGCUGGCCAUGGCCAUGUACAGUGGAUCUGGAUUGCUUGAACAUCCGAAAGACAGCGAAGAUGAAUCAACAGUUAGCAUAUGGAGGUUGCCGAUCCUCCGAUUGCUAUUACAAUUUCCUGGCAUGAGAUUAAUCCAUUUGUCCCAAGGGCUUUUCGGAGCGCCAAGCCCGAAGCCGACAACAUUGCUAGUGCUGAGACUGCCUACAUUAGAACGCUCUCUACAUGAUGGCAUGCUCUGUUCCAAACUCAUCUUUGGAACCACCACUGGCAAGGAUGACAAAGGAAAUUUCAACACGGCUCCGUUGAAAGAAUAUCCCCCAGGGCUUUGUAGGGCGAUUGCCCAAAGUUUUGGCACUGAUUUUAGUGCGUCUUCCACCUGUGUUGAGCACGGUGACCUGCCAGACCUCCCAAUUUCGUUUUUGGAGCUAUGCACGAAGAUGCGUGACCACGAUUUUGGGAAUUUCAUAGUGGAAAGCUCUUCUGCGGUCAGUGCAAAGCCAAAAAGGCUGCGGCAUGGUCCGGCUGUGGGUCGUGCAGUCAGCGGCUAUCAUCCCCCCGUGGACUAG